AUGUUUUGGGAGUUUCUAGAGCGCACAGUCUUCCGGCUGCCAUAUGCACCUCCGCGUGUGCGCAAAGAGCCGAUGCAGGUUCUCUGCGUCGGAUUUCCUCGUACCGGCACCGAGUCUCUACAGCAGGCCCUCAUCACCCUUGGCUAUGACCAUACCCAUCAUGGCUGGGAUAUUCUGUUCGAGCAGCCCCUCUACUCGGAUAAGUGGGUGAACCUCGCGAGGAGGAAGUUCAAGGUGCGCACGAGCGAUAGGAGCAUCUUGGAUGGCGACUGCAAGAUCACUGCAGCCGAGUUCGACGAGGUUCUCGGCCAUUGCACAGCGGUCACGGACGCGGCUGGCUCAGUCUUCGCCGCGGAGCUCAUCGAGGCAUACCCCGACGCCAAGGUUGUUCUUAACAUUCGGAGGGACGAGGAUGCCUGGUAUCAAAGCGCGUGCAAGACGCUCGUUGGCGAGAUAAGCACCGUGCACUAUAUUCUGAGUUGGUUUAGCACCGAAGUGUUCUGGGCCUGGCAUGUAUACCAGAGGUUUCUUUGGGCUUGCCUCUUCCAGGCUCCGGAUAGCGAUAGAAGGAGAGGCAUCUGUGGAAAUGGGCGCUGGAUUUACCGGGAACAUAACAACAAGAUAAGGGGCCUUGUCCCUAAAGAAAAGCUGCUCGAAUGGAGCGUCGAGGAUGGGUGGGAGCCGCUGUGCAAGUUCCUUGGCAAGGAAGUGCCCGCUGAGGAAUUCCCACAUGCCAACACUCAGAGCGGGUUCAAGGGACGAGUCGAUGAUAUGAUGAAGCUUUGGGCCAGAAAGUCGAUUCGGAAUAUGAUGAUAACGUUCGCAGUCGUUGUCGGUGGAGGCGCCAUUAUCUACAAGUUUAGUAAAGCAGCUUGA